AUGGUGGCACAGGGAUUAGGGCAUGGGGAUGGCAGUAUAGGGAUUGGGACAUGGGGACAAGGGGCUUCGACAGGAUUUCGACGAUGUGGUGGGGGAAGAAGGGGGGCAGGAUGGGGGAAGAAGGGGGGGAGACGGGGGUGUAGAGAUGGCGGAUUUGGUGUGGGGAUGAUGGAUCCGUUAUGGGAUGUGGGGAUGGAGACUUCGACAGGGUUUCGAUGGUGCGAUGGGGAAGAAGGGGGGAGGUGGGUGAAGAAGGGGGUAGGUGGGGGUGCAGGGAUGGCAGAUUUGGCGUGGGGCUGGGGCGGGGUGAUGGGGGCUCCAGCAGGAUUUUGA